CUCAGGAAAUUCAGCUUAAGCUAAUCCCAUAAGCUUUCAAAUUUCCUAACUCCACCAACCAAGAGAGAGAGAGAGAGGGCGAAGAUCGCAACACACAUUUAUUUGCACGUACAUAAAUCUUACGUGUAUCUUUUAAUUGCACAAGAUUAUAUUCCAUCAAAACAUCACAUAUACUUCGUUUCUCAUAGCUAACCACAUUUUGAGUUCUUGAUCUUUUUCUUUCAUAUUUUCCAUUUUCAUUUGGCAAUACAUAUUUAGUUUAGCAAUGGAGUAUGCAAAUGGAGAUUGUAAUGGGCAUUCUAGUCAAGAAUUUUGCAUUAAGGGUCAUCAACAAGAAGACCCUUUGAAUUGGAACAUGGCAGCUGCAGCACUCAGUGGUAGCCACCUUGAUGAGGUGAAGAAAAUGGUGGAGGAGUUUAGGAAGCCGGCUGUCCGGCUAGGCGGCGAGACGCUAACGGUAGCACAGGUUGCCGCCAUAGCCGGCCGUUCAGGCACUGAGGUCAAAGUGGAGCUGUCAGAGGGAGCACGGGCCGGUGUUAAGGCAAGCAGUGAUUGGGUCAUGGAAGGCAUGAAUAAAGGGACUGAUAGUUAUGGUGUUACUACUGGUUUUGGUGCAACAUCACAUAGGAGGACCAAGCAAGGUGCAGCUCUACAGAAAGAGCUCAUUAGAUUUUUGAAUGCUGGAAUCUUUGGCAAUGGGACGGAGUCAUGCCACACAUUGCCACACUCGGCCACAAGAGCGGCAAUGCUAGUGAGGAUCAACACUCUUCUUCAAGGUUACUCUGGCAUAAGGUUUGAGAUUUUGGAAGCUAUAACCAAAUUGCUCAACAGUAACAUCACCCCAUGCUUGCCUCUCCGUGGCACAAUCACAGCUUCUGGUGAUUUGGUGCCAUUGUCCUACAUUGCUGGGCUUUUGACGGGUCGACCCAAUUCCAAGGCAACUGGGCCGGAUGGAGAAUUGUUGGAUGCUGUCCAGUCCUUCCAACGGGCCGGUAUUGAGACCGGGUUUUUCGAGUUGCAGCCCAAGGAAGGAUUGGCAUUGGUGAAUGGCACUGCUGUUGGUUCUGGCAUGGCUUCUAUGGUUCUAUUUGAGGCUAACAUUCUUGCUGUCCUUUCUGAAGUUUUGUCAGCACUUUUUGCUGAAGUUAUGCAAGGAAAGCCUGAAUUCACAGACCACUUGACUCACAAGUUGAAGCACCACCCUGGCCAAAUUGAGGCUGCAGCUAUAAUGGAACACAUUUUAGAUGGAAGUUCCUACGUUAAGGAAGCCAAGAAAAUCCAUGAAGUGGAUCCUUUACAAAAGCCUAAACAAGAUCGUUACGCCCUUCGAACAUCCCCUCAAUGGUUAGGCCCUCAAAUUGAGGUCAUUAGGGCCGCGACCAAGAUGAUCGAGAGGGAAAUUAACUCGGUUAAUGACAACCCAUUGAUCGAUGUCUCGAGGAACAAGGCAUUGCAUGGAGGUAACUUCCAAGGCACUCCAAUUGGCGUGUCGAUGGACAACACUAGGCUUGCACUUGCCUCCAUUGGAAAACUCAUGUUUGCACAAUUCUCUGAACUUGUCAAUGACUAUUACAACAAUGGAUUGCCUUCUAAUUUAACCGGGGGACGAAAUCCUAGCUUGGAUUAUGGUUUCAAGGGUGCUGAAAUUGCAAUGGCCUCCUACUGCUCUGAGCUCCAAUUCUUGGCCAAUCCAGUGACUAAUCAUGUCCAGAGUGCAGAGCAACACAAUCAAGAUGUGAACUCUUUGGGCUUAAUUUCUUCAAGAAAUACAGCAGAGGCAGUGGAUAUUUUAAAACUUAUGUCAUCCACUUAUUUAGUAGCACUUUGCCAGGCUAUUGACUUAAGGCACUUGGAAGAAAAUCUCAAGGCCUCGGUAAAAAAUGCUGUGAGCUUAGUGGCCAAGAAAGUAUUGACAAUAGGCCAAAAUGGAGAGCAUCACCCUUCAAGGUUUUGCGAAAAGGACUUGCUCAAAGUGGUUGACAGAGAAUAUGUGUUUGCAUAUGCUGAUGACCCAUGCAAUUGCAACUACCCAUUAAUUCAAAAGCUAAGACAAGUGUUGGUGGAUCAUGCUCUUUUAAAUGGUGAAGGUGAGAAGAAUUCUAGCACUUCAAUUUUCGAAAAAAUUAGUGCAUUUGAGGAAGAAUUAAAAGCUAUCUUGCCCAAGGAAGUAGAGAGUGCUAGAUGUGACUUGGAAAAUUGCAAGCCAACCAUUCCUAAUAGGAUACAAGAAUGUAGGUCCUAUCCAUUGUAUAAAUUUGUGAGAAAAGAACUAGGGACCAAUCUCUUGACAGGUGAAAAUGUGCAGUCACCAGGAGAAGUAUUUGACAAGGUUUUCACAGCAAUAAAUGAAGGUAAAUUGAUAGAUCCUUUGCUUGAUUGCUUGAAGGAAUGGAAUGGUGCUCCUCUUCCACUCUGCUAGAGGAAUGAGAAAGAAAAAGGAAAGGAAAAUCUUGGGGUCGCACUAUGGGUACACUAAGUUUAUUUGUAUUUUUAUUUUUAUUUUUUUGGGUAAUUAUUCUCAAAGGGUCUCUAAGAAAAUUUGUGACUCUUGAUAAUUAUUUAUGAUAUCUGUAUUCUGUUCUUAGUACUAGUGU